AUGCUGAAGGAUCUCCACUUUGCUGACUUUCUUAUGCUGAGGUAUUGUGGGUACGAGGCGCUUGAGGCGACUGUAACAGUGGUUCAUAUCGUCCUGCAGACACAGCUGCUCUUCUUCCUCCGCCCUACACCGGGCGAUGUUCAGGCUGUGAUCCGAGAGAUAGUGUAAAGAAAGCUCGUUGCUGCUGCUUGAGGUAUCCUUCUGGGGGCGGACGGGAGCAGUAGCCUUCAUUUUGUUAAUAACGCACUGUACGGCGGGUAGAGAAAACAAUCACUGGUACCAAAUACUGGAGAUGAUGUGUAGGCGAUGAAGAUGGGGAUCACCGACGGAAAGACAAACUGCCAAAAGAAAACGGUCGCCAAAAAAAUUCAAAAGUGUAGAUUCUAUUCUGUCAACAUCCCGUGGACCAGUCGUUUCUACUUCACUAAGCACGAUGUGAAGAAUGAAUAGAUUCCGUACAUUUAUACGGGAAGGGGAGGCGCCAGCGUGCGGCUGUUUGACAGUUCCGCGGAGAAACUGGUCAAUCACGAGCCGCCCGGUGCCCAUGAUGGAAUAAUACCAGCCUAUAAAGAUGCCUGCCUCUGCGCUGCCGUGGGUGACGCAUGUCAUAGUGUGUGUGUGUGUGUGUGUGUGGUCAAUAUAUAAAAUCAAAUCAGUAAGGAGGCCGGAGAAUAUAAAAUACGAAAAUGAUGUGUAAACUGAUCAUCCUUCACUUUAUAUAUCUUGUAAAUGAAAUCAAAGUUUGUUUGUCAGACACUGGAUACAACAGGGUGUAAAAGUUGAAAAGCUUCUAGCCAGUUACCGCUCAACAGUGAAAUAUAAAAGAAGUACAAAAGUAAAUAUCAUAACAAACACAAUAAGGUGAUUGUUAUAAAGGUUAUUAAUUAGCCUAAAUGAAAUAGAAUAUCAAAGAAAUAGUCUACAGCACUCGGCUUUUAUGCAUAAAUUAGCAUGAACGACAGACUUCUGGCCUGCUGCGUAUUGCUGCAGGACUAUGAAUCUGAUCUACUAGAGUUCAAGUUGGUUAAUAAUCACUAACUGGUCUUAAUUAACUAGUUCUAACUAACAGGUCCAUUUAGCGUCCAACUAGCCACCACUAGCUGUUAGUUCAUAUGCCUUGAUACCGUGAUAUAUAGACCUAAAGGCCGAGACAAUAAGAAGACACAGUGUCAGAAUAAAUUCAACCACACCUUCGUUUCAUCACAAAACCAGAGAGCAAUAUCUGUCUAGUGAAUUCCAUAAAGCAUAUUGCAUGUACAGUGACACAUAGUUACAUGUUAAUGUUUCCGACAUUUUCGGACCACUAAAUAACUAUUGAUUUAGAACCACAGAGAGUUACCGGAAGUCUCAAAGAAAACAGGAGCAGACUCCACUACUUCAACUUCCAUUUCAACUUUAACAUCAUCAAAUCACCUCUGCUUAGUCUAAUACAGUGACAACUAAAACAUACCAGAAACAAUUUAGUCCAAUCAACGUAAGUUAAAUAUGAUGUGGCUGUCCAUGGUUCUGAUUUCUGUGUGUGUGUGUGUGUGUGUGUGUGUGUGUGUGUGUGCAAGUAGAAAAACAUGUUGACUCACCCUCCUUGUAGAUAAAUACCAACACCAUCCUCCUCUCUUCCAUGUUGAGGAAACGGUCUAUGACUCUGUCAUACAGAACACACUUUUAUUUGUUGUUGUCCUAGGCUACCUGGCUAAAAUGCUAGCUAGCUAGCUAGCCUAACUUCCAUUCAUGGACAACGUUAGCUAGUUAACAUUAGCCUUCUACACUACCAGUCAAAAGUUUGGACACACCUACUCAUUCAAGGGUUUUUCUUUAUUUUUUACUAUUUUCUACAUUGUAGAAUAGUACUGAAGACAUCAAAACUAUGAAAUAACACAUAUGGAAUCAUGUAGUAACCAAAAAAGUGUUAAACAAAUCAAAAUAGAUGUUAUAUUUGAGAUUCUUCAAAGUUGCCUUGAUGACAGUUUUUCUGUCAAUGACGUAUGCUCUCAAUGAGAUUUGAUAGGAGUGAAGCCAAAUCCAAGCUGGCUUCCCUUGACACUUUUUUUUUGGUGCGCCAGGACCAUUCACGGUUGAACUCGUUCAGUUUUCGCUCAACGCUGAUUGGCACAUUUUUUAAAUACUUUUUUUUUUUUUGUCAGGGCUAGCCAGAUGCUCGCUGGCUUCCCUUGCCUUCAAUGCUACGGGCGGCAACAGGUCGAGUCUCGAGUCAAGUCCAAGUCGUGCAUUCUAAGAGCAAGUCAAGUCAAGUGACACGUUUUUUCAAGUCAAGUGUCAAGUCAAGUAAAAAAAAUAGAUAUACAGUUCAACUACAAGUCUGUUUAUUGAGGACAGCCAUUUUCAUUAUUUUGUCUACAUUUUGAUGAUAAUAACACAUUUGAACAACAAAUUCCAAAUUAAUAAAGUAAAUUGUCAAUUUCAAGCAAUGUUGACAUACCAAAAGACUAGUAGUUGUUGUUUGACGCCCCACUGCUGGUGAGCUUGCAAAGUAAACGUUAAUGUUAUUGAUCACCAAACAAUUUCUGGAGCUGUAUAUUCAUUUAUGGCAAUCCUCUCUCUCUACAAUUUGACGUUUGUUCUGCACCGGAUCCUAGAGCUGCACAUCAGCAAGCUCAGUGGUCCUCAAACCUUUUGACCUCAGCUGCGACCCCCCAAAAAAAGGAGUGGUUCAAAGCUUGCGACCACAACGCACGCACAUACACGCGCGCACAGGGCGAACACGCGUGCACAAUGUAGCCUGUACAGCCAUAAACGGUGGAUGCAUUUUCAAAAAACCCCAGGUACAGAAAUAAACUGUGUUUUACACCUGCAUUUUGAGCUGAAAGUCAUUCAUGUUAGCAGUCAAUAUAAACUAGGGAUAUCAUGUCACAUUGUCACUUCUCUGGAUUCCAGAACAAGCAGCAUCACACUGCCUACCUGUAGCAGUGGAGCAGGAUCUGUCUGUAGAUUUUCUCUUCCUCACAAAUAUGGUCAUUAAUUCUCCAGAAUGUUCCGUCUUCAUCCCAUAAGUAUUGAAGGUAGUGUGACAUCACAGCUAUCUUUAGACCAGUGGCGGUCGGUGCCGUUUAAGAUUAGGGAGGACAAAGAUUUUUUUGGGAUGAGCAUGGCCUUAUUUCUAUAACAGGAUAUUGGAUGACUGUCAUUCAUAUUCCAUUCAUCCAGCUCAAUGUAACAUCGAUAGGUUUACGCUAUUACAUGAUACUUGAAUUUGCCCUAUACCCAUUAUGAGGUUGCUACAACCUAGCCUAUUAAUUAAAGUUUAUAACGUAGGUGCACAGGUCGAGAGAAAAAUGUGAGUAAUCAAGGUGACAGACAGUGAUGCAUUCAAUACCGCCUUUCACACUCUUGCCUGGAUGUAGCUGAUUUAGGGUGUAAUCAUUAGUCCAAACAGUUGCAAAACGGAAACGAGAGUUUCUAUUGGACAAAUUCAGUUAGGUCCGUCCCUGUUUCGUUCCAUUUAACAAAUGCUUUGCAACAGAAUCGGCAGAAUGAAUACACCCCUGAUCACACACAGUUCACUUUCAUAGCAGCCACAUACAGCAUCAUCACAUUGCUCGUUGUAUGAUUCCUUCUCGCAUCUUCGCGCUCUCCUCUCACCUUUUCCCUUCACUUUUUGACUUCAGUGCACAACAAAACAGCUGUCUGUGACCAGGGGAAAAAACCUCUCCAAGCCAAACCUUCAUAUCAUAACCGCUAACCGCUACACAGCCUACAUCGUUGUCACCAUAUUAACUAAUGUCAUAGUCAACAUAGCUACUAGAACUGAUGGGUUAGUAAACCCACAAUCCAAUCCAUGUGUACAAUCACGCAGUUCAGUGACAGCACAGUGACAGUACAAUGACAGUACAGUGACAGCACAGUGACAGCACAGCGACAGCACAGUGACAGUUCAGUGACAGCACAGUGACAGCACAGUGACAGCACAGUGACAGCAUAGUGACAGCACAGUGACAGCACAGUGACAGUUCAGUGACAAUACAGUGACAGCACAGUGACAGUUCAGUGACAGCACAGCGACAGCACAGUGACAGCACAGUGACAGCACAGCGACAGCACAGUGACAGUUCAGUGACAGCACAGUGACAGCACAGUGACAGCACAAUGACAGUACAGUGUACAGCAAACAGUUUAGCAGUUACCCUGGCGGGCCCCAGACGCUAACCUUGACUUGGAGAGUUGGAGUGUUAGAUAGCCUUAGCCAGCUAGCUAACAGUAAUCACAUUUAUCUCUGUUUGAGUCAGGUAGUUGAGUAGGCUAAAUUAGCUGCAAGUAAGUGAAAGUGAAAGUUAAGAAAAUACAACAAAUAUAGCUCUCUUCCCAUCUGCUACUUCUCCUUAAGUUUUGAAGAAAUGAAUUUGUUCAAAACUGUUCAACUAUUGUCUUUCUCUCUCUUUGAAUCAACUACUCACUGCAGUGCUAGCUUGCUGUACUAGAUUCAUUCUCUGAUCGUUUGAUUGGAUGGACAACAUGUCAGUUCAUGCUGCAAGAGCUCUGAUAGGUUGGAGGACAUCCUCUGAAAGUCAUCAUAAUUACUGUGUAUGUCUAUGGAAGGAGGUGAGAACCAUGAGCCUCCUAGUUUUUGUAUUGAAGUCAAUGUACCCGGAGGAGGAUGGAAACUAGCUGUCCUCCGGCUACACCAUGGUGCUACCCUACAGUGCGGUUGAGGCUACUGUAGACCUUCAUUGCAAAACAGUCUGUUUUAAUCAGUUAUUUGGUGACGUGAAUAUAUUUAAUAUAGUUUUAUCUAAAAAGGCUUCUUUUUUUUUUCUGUUUCGCAAUUAUACUUUUUUUGAAAAUCCACUGAGGAGGAUGAUCCUCCCCUUCCUCCACUGCUCUAGCCAUAAUAUAACCAGUACCACCCCUGAGGCAUAUCAUUAUAACCCACCCAAACUAGGCCUAUCUGAAAUAUGAACAUGAUCAAUCAAAUCACCAUGUAGCAGAUGAGUCCGUAGUAUAUUGCUAAACUGUACUUUAGAAGGAUGAUAUUAACGUAGAUAGGCUACUCUGUUUUUGCCAGGCAAAACCAGAGAAAAUUAAACAAGUGCUUUCUGGUCACUAAUCUGGAAAUGUGCGCCUACUUUUGCACGCCAAUGCUGAUGACUGGUCAUUGGACAACAGUCAAGAUGCGCAACUUUUUGGUUCUGAAGCACAGAUGAGAUAUUUUUGAAAAUAAUUUGGUGCGUUGCCGUAGGAAUAUGGUAGUGACCAGAUCGAAUAAGCAAAGGUACAAAUAUAAAAUACAAAUGGUGGGCUAUAUUUAGCUAUAUGUAGACUAUUAAAAUACUGACUCCCGAGUGGCGCAGUGGUCUAAGGCACUGCAUCGCAGUGCUAGCUGUGCCACUAGAGAUCCUGGUUCGAGUCCAGGCUCUGUCGAAGCCGGCCGCAACUGGGAGACCCAUGGCGGCGCACAAUUGGUCCAGCGUCGUUCAAGGUAGGGGAGGGUUUGGCCGGCAGGGAUGUGGGUUUGUUUCCCACGGGGGGCCAGUAUGACUGUAAGUCGCUCUGGAUAAGAGUGUCUGCUAAAUGACUAAAAUGUAUGAAAAAUAGAUAUAUUUUCCAUUCAGUUUAACACUCGCGAUCCCCCAAAACCUUCUCACUGCGCUAGCUCACCAGACCUGUGUUGAUUGACAGUUUGCUGGUUCAAUCAGAGGGCUGAGUAUGCCUUUUCACCAGCUAAUCUGUUUUUUGCAAGUACGAUACUGUCUCUGGCUGUGCCACAAAAUGAGUGACAAAACAUUACAACACAGAUAAUUUCAAGUCAUCAGUCUCAAAUCAAAGUUGAGAGUCCCAAGUCUUGAGGCUCCAAAUCCAAGUCGAGUCUCAAGUAAUAAAAUGUGUGACUGGAGAUUCAAGUCAGACUUGUGACUGGAGUCCACACCUCUGCUAGGGGCAAAAGUGAGCGCUAUUACCAUCAAGAAGGCGUGGGUUUUGCUAGGAUGUUGUGGGCGUAAUCCCAUGACUCUGGAUCAGAAGGCCGUAGCGAUCCCAGUUGUAGGUCUACACACUGUUUAUUUAUUUGUUGCAUUAAUGAUGCACUAUGCAGAAACCGCUCCGGCAUUUCCUGGUUGCUUAAAUUGUAAAAGUUAUUAAGUAGUUAGCCUAAUGUCAGUUUAUGUGGCAGAACAAGCAAGUAUACACUCUUAGAAAAAAAGGUGCUAUCUAGAACCUAAAAGGGUUCACCGGCUGUCCCCAUAGGAGAACCCUUUGAAGAACCCUGUUUGGGUUCCAUGUAGAACCCUCUGGCGAAAGGGUUCUACAUGGAACCCACAAGGAUUCUACCUGGAACCAAAAGGGUUCUACCUGGAACCAAAAAGGGUUCUCCUAUGGGGACAGCUGAAAAAUCUUUUUUUCUGAGAGUUCUGCAGUGAGACUGUGAGAUCUUGUUGUCUACUUCUGCAGUGAGACUGUGAGAUCUUGUUGCCUAUUUCUGCAGUGAGACUGUGAGAUCUUGUUGCCUACUUCUGCAGUGAGACUGUGAGAUCUUGUUGCCUACUUCUGCAGUGAGACUGUGAGAUCUUGUUGCCACUCUUGCUGACAGCUAAAGUUUACUGUAUGCUUCCCAGUCGAAACAGUUCACUCAUUUAACAGUGCCAUUAAACCCCUACAACUCAUCCAGAACGCCGCAGCCCGUCUGUUGUUCAACCUUCCCAAGUUCUCUCACGUCACCCCGCUCCUCCGCACACUCCACUGGCUACCAGUUGAAGCUCGCAUCUGCUACAAGACCAUGGUGCUUGCCUACGGAGCUGUGAGGGGAACGGCACCUCCGUACCUUCAGGCUAUCAUAAGGUGAAUGCACCAAUUUGUAAGUCUUUCUGGAUAAGAGCGUCUGCUAAAUGACGAAAAUGUAAAUUUAUUACGAUGACAUUUUGUGAUGUUUUUGUUAGUUUUGGCUGUUUUUUUUUGGCUGUUCAUUCAAACAAAAAUGUUUCUUUAGGGAAGUCGAAGUUUGGUAGCUGAAGUCUACACCCCUUCGUCUGUGAUUGGUCAACAGUACUACUCCUAGUAGGAACUAUGGACGGGAUUCUUCAAUUAAGUGUUUGUUGUCUUUCAACGAGAGACGACUAGUUAACCCUAACCCUCCCAGCUCAGCUCUGCUCCCUAACCCUAACCCUAACUCUCUCACCUCAGCUCUGCUCCCUAACCCUAACCCUAACCCUAACCCUAACCCUAACCCUCCCAGCUCAGCUCUGCUCCCUAACCCGAACCCUCCCAGCUCAGCUCUGCUCCCUAACCCUAACCCUAACCCUCCCAGCUCAGCUCUGCUCCCUAACCCGAACCCUCCCAGCUCAGCUCUGCUCCCUAACCCGAACCCUCCCAGCUCAGCUCUGCUCCCUAACCCUAACCCUAACCCUCCCAGCUCAGCUCUGCUCCCUAACCCUAACCAUAACCCUAACCCUAACCCUAACACUAACCCUAACCAUAACCCUAACCCUAACCCUAACCCUAACCCUAACACUAACCCUAACCCUAACCCUAACCCUAACCCUAACCCUAACCCUAACCCUAACCCGAACCCUCCCAGCUCAGCUCUGCUCCCUAACCCUAACCCUCCCAGCUCAGCUCUGCUCCCUAACCCUAACCCUAACCCUAACCCUAACCCUAACCAUAACCCUAACCCUAACCCUAACCCUCCCAGCUCAGCUCUGCUCCCUAACCCUAACCCACCCAGUUCAGCUCUGCUCCCUAACCCUAACCCUAACCCUAACCCUCCCAGCUCAGCUCUGCUCCCUAACCCUAACCCACCCAGCUCAGCUCCUCUCGUCUUCCUUGGAACUGAAAAGGUCCUGACUUUCAACAGAAGACCCAGGAGACUUUCUAGGAAGAAGCUCCACUGGUGAGGGUGAAUACCAGUAUGGCUACCAUGGUGCCCCAGUACCUCUGCUACUAUGUGGGAAGUUUAGUAUUGGGUGACUUGGGGUGAGGAGGGUGCUACCCUGUGAUGUGGAGAGGACAGGACACAGGAGGGUGUUACCCUGUGAUAUGGAGAGGACGCAGGAGGGUGUUACCCUGUGAUAUGGAGAGGACGCAGGAGGGUGUUACCCUGUGAUGUGUAGAGGACAGGACACAGGAGGGUGUUACCCUGUGAUGUGUAGAGGACAGGACACAAGAGGGUGCUACCCUGUGAUGUGUAGAGGACAGGACACAGGAGGGUGUUACCCUGUGAUGUGUAGAAGACAAAUCAAAUCAAAUUGUAUUGGUCACAUACACAUAUUUAGCAGAUGUUAUUGCGGGUGUAGUGAAAUGCUUGUAUUCCUAGCUCCAACAGUAAAGUUGUAUCUAAUAAUUCACAACAAUACACACAUCUAAAAGUAAAAUAAUGGAAUUAAGAAAUAUAUAAAUAUUAGGAUGAGCAAUGUCAGAGUGGCAUAGACAAAAAUACAGUAGAAUAGAAUACAGUAUGUACAUAUGAGAUGAGUAAAGCAGUAUGUAAACAUUAUUAAAAUGACUAGUGUUCCAUUAUUAAAGUGGCCAGUGCAUUCGGAAAGUAUUCAGACCCCUUGACUUUCUCCACAUUUUGUUACGUUACAGCCUUAUUCUAAAAUUGAUUAAAUUGUUUUUUCCCCUCAUCAAUCUACACACAAUACCCCAUAAUGAUAAAGCAAAAACUGUUUUUUAGAAAUUUUGCAAAUGUAUUAAAAAUAAAACAUGGAAAUAUCACAUUUACAUAAGUAUUCAGACCCUUUACUCAGUACUUUGUUGAAGCACCUUUUGCAGCGAUUACGAGUCUUCUUGGGUAUGACGCUACAAGCUUGGCACAUCUGUAUUUGGGGAGUUUCUCCCAUUCUUCUCUGCAGAUCCUCUCAAGCUCUGUCAGGUUGGAUGGGGAGCAUCGCUGCACAGCUAUUUUCAGGUCUCUCCAGAGAUGUUCGAUCGGGUUCAAGUCCGGGCUCUGGCUGGGCCACUCAAGGACAUUCAGAGACUUGGCUGUGUGCUUAGGCUGUGUGCUUAGGGUCGUUGUCCUGUUGGAAGGUGAACCUUCGCCCCAGUCUGAGGUCUUGAGCGCUCUGGAGCAGGUUUUCAUCAAGGAAAAUAUGAAUAUGCUCAUGUGGCAGAUUUUGUUGGUCAAUGCAGUAAACAGAGAAACCAUGACUUUGUUGGUCAAUGCAGUACACAGAGAAACCAUGACUUUGUUGGUCAAUGCAGUACACAGAGAAACCAUGACUUUGUUGGUCAAUGCAGUAAACAGAGAAACCAUGACUUUGUUGGUCAAUGCAGUAAACAGAGAAACCAUGACUUUGUUGGUCAAUGCAGUAAACAGAGAAACCAUGACUUUGUUGGUCAAUGCAGUAAACAGAGAAACCAUGACUUUGUUGGUCAAUGCAGUAAACAGAGAAACCAUGACUUUGUUGGUCAAUGCAGUACACAGAGAAACCAUGACUUUGCAUUCUCUCUGGUUCCUUUAGCUGGUCCAUCUGUUUUCACUUCUGCAAUUCCAGUCCUGUACUUCCCUGUUACAGCCUGCUGACUGAGACUGGAGACCUGAGCAUGGAAACUAUAUAGAAACUACCUCUGUUACUGAUGCCGCAUCUUAAUUUGACCCAGUUUCUUACAGCGGGAAAAUAAUCCUGCAGCAACAGGAAAUGUGAAUUAUUAUGUGGAUUAUAAUUAAUGGACAUUCUUUGUAGGGGUUGAUACAUUUUUCAUUAGUACAAAUCAAGUCUGACAUUUUAAGUUGGAAAUUACAAGCUUUAAAAUCGUUUUUAACCCCCUAGAGUCGAUUGACACACCGGUGCGUCGAUUUAAGUUACAAAACAUAACAUUUCCCCAUAAAAAUCCAUAAUUUUAAAAUAGAGGUGUUUGUUUUUUCUGCAUUGGAUGAGUCUCAAUCCACCGCAUCCUCCGAUGUCGCACUUCCUCAUCUGAGGUCAAAGGUGACAGAGAUACAGCGGUGUUUGUCUGACCAUCAGUCGUCCCGAAAAUCGGUCUUCUGACGUAAACGUCUGUAGCGUCCGAACGGUUUGACCUAGAAUCUAUUGUGACCCCUCUAUGGAAAGGGGAGACUGACCCCUCUAUGGAAAGGGGAGACUGACCCCUCUAUGGAAAGGGGAGACUGACCCCUCUAUGGAAAGGGGAGACUGACCCCUCUAUGGAAAGGGGAGACUGACCCCUCUAUGGGAAGGGGAGACUGACCCCUCUAUGGAAAGGGGAGACUGACCCCUCUAUGGAAAGGGGAGACUGACCCCUCUAUGGGAAGGGGAGACUGACCCCUCUAUGGAAAGGGGAGAGAAAUGUAUGUUUAACACACGGCCAAGGCAACAAAGGAGUGGCUCAAGAAGAAGCACAUUAAGGUCCUGGAGUGGCCUAGCCAGUCUCCAGACCUUAAUCCCAUAGAAAAUCAGUGGAGGGAGCUGAAGGUUCGAGUUGCCAAACGUCAGCCUCAAAACCUUAAUGACUUGGAGAAGAUCUGCAAAGAGGAGUGGGACAAAAUCCCUCCUGAGAUGUGUGCAAACCUGGUGGCCAACUACAAGAAACGUCUGACCUCUGUGAUUUCCAACAAGGGUUUUGCCACCAAGUACUAAGUCAUGUUUUGCAGAGGGGUCAAAUACUUAUUUCCCUCAUUAAAAUGCAAAUUAAUUUAUAACAUUUUUGACAUGCGUUUUUCUUGAUUUUUUUGUUGUUAUUCUGUCUCUCACUGUUCAAAUAAACCUACCAUUAAAAUUAUAGACUGAUCAUUUCUUUGUCAGUGGGCAAACGUACAAAAUCAGCAGGGGAUCAAAUACUUUUUUCCCCUCACUGUAUAUCCAAAGAAAUGGCAACAUAGAAACGAAGGUAAACAAAUGAAAAGUUUGCUGUCCUUUCAGCUGCUUGAGGUGACUGUGCGUUAGCUUGCCUUUAGUUGGCUAGCUAGCUAGCAGAGGAGAAGUAACGUUAGCCUAGCUAACUAUCCUCCAUAACUAUAUUCUUGACUUGACAAUCAGCUGGUUUUUACCUAUUUAAUACUUGUUUCCAAAUGAUUUAUUGAAGUUAAUGUCUCUCGUCAUCAUCGAACCCUAGAUAGCUACACGCCAGUGAUUUGUUUAGCAUAAGAACGUGGAAUGAAUAGAAUGAACGACUGGAUAAAUAAAUCCCCCAAAAAUGAAAAGCGGCAAUCAGCAGUUGAAACAAUAACAAAGCGUUUUCCCCACCCCUGUUUCAGUAAAAAGCUGAGGGAUGGGGCUGGAGAAAUGUAACCACUCUCAAAUUCAUAACCAGAGCUAUGGAUGCGAGGACUGACCAUGAUAUGUUUUAAGGCUGUACAGUGUUUGUUUACAUUUACUUUAUUUACAAACAUUGGAGUAAAACAAGUUCUGAUGGGGUGUGACAGUCAAACUAAGCUCACGAGGCAUUUAUAAGUUGCAUUCUUCAAGAAGAAUGGGUACAUAUCAUUCAUUUAUAAGUCCAAAAAUGAAUGUAGCAACUACUGAUUGCCCCUUUAAUGACCAGCCUGUUUGAUUUUGCAACUUCAGAACCUCAGAAUGAACAACUGGCUUUUGCCCGGACUAUAUCUAUAUGCACUGCUCAAAAAAAUUAAGGGAACACUUAAACAACACAAUGUAACUCCAAGUCAAUCACACUUCUGUGAAAUCAAACUGUCCACUUAGGAAGCAACAGUGAUUGACAAUACAUUUCACAUGCUGUUGUGCAAAUGGAAUAGACAACAGGUGGAAAUUAUAGGCAAUUAGCAAGACACCCCCAAUAAAGGACUGGUUUUGCAGGUGGUGACCACAGACCACUUCUCAGUUCCUAUGCUUCCUGGCUGAUGUUUUGGUCACUUUAGAAUGCUGGCGGUGCUUUCACUCUAGUGGUAGCAUGAGACGGAGUCUACAACCCACACAAGUGGCUCAGGUAGUGCAGCUCAUCCAGGAUGGCACAUCAAUGCGAGCUGUGGCAAGAAGGUUUGCUGUGUCUGUCAGCGUAGUGUCCAGAGCAUGGAGGCGCUACCAGGAGACAGGCCAGUACAUCAGGAGACGUGGAGGAGGCCGUAGGAGGGCAACAACCCAGCAGCAGGACUGCUACCUCCGCCUUUGUGCAAGGAGGAGCAGGAGGAGCACUGCCAGAGCCCUGCAAAAUGACUUCCAGCAGGCCACAAAUGUGCAUGUGUCUGCUCAAACGGUCAGAAACAGACUCCAUGAGGGUGGUAUGAGGGCCCGACGUCCACAGGUGGGGGUUGUGCUUACAGCCCAACACCGUGCAGGAUGUUUGGCAUUUGCCAGAGAACACCAAGAUUGGCAAACAAAAUUCGCCACUGGCGCCCUGUGCUCUUCACAGAUGAAAGCAGGUUCACACUGAGCACGUGACAGACGUGACAGAGUCUGGAGACGCCGUGGAGAACGUUCUGCUGCCUGCAACAUCCUCCAGCAUGACCGGUUUGGCAGUGGGUCAGUCAUGGUGUGGGGUGGCAUUUCUUUGGGGGGUCGCACAGCCCUCCAUGUGCUCGCCAGAGGUAGCCUGACUGCCAUUAGGUACCGAGAUGAGAUCCUCAGACCCCUUGUGAGACCAUAUGCUGGUGCGGUUGGCCCUGGGUUCCUCCUAAUGCAAGACAAUGCUAGACCUCAUGUGGCUGGAGUGUGUCAGCAGUUCCUGCAAGAGGAAGGCAUUGAUGCUAUGGACUGGCCCGCCCGUUCCCCAGACCUGAAUCCAAUUGAGCACAUCUGGGACAUCAUGUCUCGCUCCAUCCACCAACGCCACGUUGCACCACAGACUGUCCAGGUCUGGGAGGAGAUCCCUCAGGAGACCAUCCGUCACCUCAUCAGGAGCAUGCCCAGGCAUUGUAGGGAGGUCAUACAGGCACGUGGAGGCCACACACACUACUGAGCCUCAUUUUGACUUGUUUUAAGAACAUUACAUUGUCACGCCCUGCCUCAGGGGACGUUUAUUUGUUGAGUCAGGGUGUGUAUGUUCCGUGUAAGGUAUGUUGUGUGUAUGCUACCUUGGACUUCACGUUUCGUUUGUUGUUUUGUCGUGGUGUUUAUUCGUUAAAUAAACAUGUAUGCUUAUCACGCUGCGCCUUGGUCCUUCUCGUUCGUAAACGAUCGUGACAGAAGAUCCCACCAAAUGAGGACCAAGCAGCGUGUCCAGAAGCAGACAGCCUGGACCUGGGAGGAGAUCCUGGACGGGAAGGGAUCCUGGCCGGAAUGGAUCGCCGUCCUUGGGAGGAGACAGUGGAGGCGCGCUAUAGAGAGGAGUAGCGGCAACGCAGAAGGUGCCGGCCGAGGAGGAAGCCCGAGAGACAGCCCCAAUACAUUUUUUUGGGGGGGCUAAAAGGGUGGUUGGUGGAGCCUAGUGUUAGAGCAGAGCCAACUCCCCGUACUCAUGCAAGGAAGCGUGUGACUGGGCAGGCUCUGUGUUAUGCGGAGCUACGUACUGUGCCGCUAGUGUUCCGGCACAGUCCUGUACGUCCUGUGCUGGCACCACGCACGUGUCGUGCGAAGAUGGGCAUUCAGCCAGGACGGGGUGUGCCGGCUCAACGCUCGUGGUCUCCAGUACGCCUCCUCGGUCCCGUAUAUCCUGCGCCGGUGCUACGUACUGUAUCGCCAGUACGCGUGCACAGCCUCGUAUGUCCUGUGCUAAUGCCUCACACAUAUUGUGUGGAAGUAGGCAUCCAGCCAGGACGGGUUGUGUCAGCUUAGUUUGACAAGGUGCUUCCUAUUUCCUAUUUGCUGUCACCUGGUCUCUGCCAGUGGCUGGAGGGUAGAAAUGCUCAGGUCUCGAGCUUUAUGGGAGAUUGAAUACAAAAUGGCUGCCUGUCUCUGCGGGGGGUUAGUUGGGGCUGAUGUGAGUCCUAGGGGCUAGUCAGACUGAUCUUCAGUCUUUGUAUUCGUUUGACUCAUUUAAAAAAAAAUCUGUUUAUUAUUUACUUUGAGCUUGGUCCAGCAUCUUGUUGUUGUUGGCUCCUAGAGCCUGACAAUAAAAACCCUGCUCUGGAUCUUCCUUCCUUCCUCUCCUUGCUCUCCAACUACCAGCCACCCUUACACACACGCUACUUAUUUAAUUCUCUGAUAACUCUGAAAGCUGACAGUCUGUGAAGAAAUGUGGGGAUUUUAGAGGAUGGGGACUCCGUAUCAUAAUAAAUAAAUACAGCUGGGGAAAUUGAGUUAUAUAAAUAACAUCAUGAUCUUUAAAGUUAGAAAAAUAAAUUUGGGGACUCAUGAUAAUAUUAUAAUUAUAGAACCUUAUCUAAUUUAUUUAUAUUUCAACUAUCAUUAUUUGCUCCCUGAAACUUUUAUUCAAUGAGGAAGUCUUUAAGUUUCUAAUUUCAUGGUUCAGAAAUCGUAGAGAAGGAAAUUGGGUUCCUGUAAUAUUAUUUUGAAGGGCUCAAAAUAGAAUUUCAUUAUGGAAUUAUCUUUUACUUGGACAUAAUUAUAUAAACCAACAUCUUCUUCUCAAGUAAUUGUUUAGAUUUUUUCUCCAGCACCAGAUGAAUCUUGAGAAAGGAAAAAGAAUUCACAAUAAUUACACACCAGAGAACACUCUCAAAUAAAACACAUAAAAAUGAAAAGUACUUAUUUGAGACCGUUUUUGAUCAAGGCUUCAAUUUUAGCAUCAUAUACUAUUGUUAAAGAUACAAGAUCUCACCAGCUCCUCGUGUGUUGGUGUCAGACAGGAAGAGAUUAAAUAAUUCAAUGUGUAUCAAAAGGCAUAAGGCAUGUGUCAUGUGACAGUCAUAACGACAUGCUAUCCUCCCUGUGUAUGUUCCACGCAAACAGCUCAUAUUAUGCACCAAACCACACUAACCCAUUAUACAGUAUAUACCACUGUCUUCCAGUGUCUCUGUCAUGCAUUAUUCACUGGCUGUUACCAAGAGAGGACCCAGGAGAGGAGGGUAAUAUGUAUUCACUGGCUGUUACCAAGAGAGGACCCAGGAGAGGAAGGUAAUAUGUGCAAUAGUCAUGUAGCUGGAGUGUUGCUCCACAGCCAGACUUAUCAAGAGUAUAUCUGUGGUAUAAUAACACACUGGUCGUAAUGCCUAAGUCAGGGAGGUUAUACAUUGGGUAAAUGUUCUUAAUGUGUUACAUGCCUGGGCGGAUCUGAAGGACGCUCUUCACGGGCUGUGUGGGUGUUGAGAUGGAGGUAGGAUGAAGUCAGGGUGCAAAUCAGAUCUCAGAACUAGCCUAUCAUAAUUUAGCUGCUUUUACUCAUCUUUGUGAAAUGCCUGACAUGCAACUUUCUAUGUCAGCUUCCUGGACGAUGGAACAACACAUUUUUGGUGGGUGGCCCUUGCAUUGUGUUUUUCAUUAUCACCAGGCAACACAGAACACCGUGAUGAGAUCAGACAGGUUGGAUCUUCCCACCAGGAUCCAUCUUGAUGAUCCAUCUGGAUACCUCAGUGUUCCUCAGAGUAAAGGUACCGUAGCAUCGUAGCAUCGUAGCGUCGUAGCAUCGUAGCGUCGUAACAUCGUAGCAUCGUAGCAUCGUAGCGUAGCUUCGCCCCAGAGGUCUUUGUGCUCCUCUUAACAUGGCGUAGAUCAAUCUACAGCCGGCUCCCAGAGCAGAGCUGAGCAGGGUCCCACGGGGACACAGAGUCCUACAUCUGGUACAGCUAGCAGCCCUGUAGAGAGGGAGAGAGAGAGAGAGAGAGAGAGAGAGAGAGAGAGAGAGAGAGAGAGAGAGAGAGAGAGAGAGAGAGAGAGAGAGAGAGAGAGGGAGGGAGUAGGAGAGGCUGAGGGAUUAAGUCUUUAUUCCAGGAUAAGGACCUGUCUGAGAGAGGCUUUCCUCUUCUCCUCUUCACCUCUUCUCCUCUUCUCCUCUUCUCCUCUUCUCCUCUUCUCCUCUUCUCCUCUUCUCCUCUUCUCCUCCCCCUUUCCUUUGUGUUCUCCUCCCUCACUGUAAUCCAACAUGACACAGUUACAGAUGGUCUGUCAACACCGUAGCCCCUCCCCUCACCACCUCCCAUCUCCUUCCCACCCCACUCCUCCCCUCUCCACCUCCCAUCUCCUUCCCACCCCUCCACUCACCACCUCCCAUCUCCUUCCCACCCCUCCCCUCACCACCUCCCAUCUCCUUCCCACCCCACUCCUCCCCUCACCACCUCCCAUCUCCUUCCACCCCACCCCACCCCUCCCCUCACCACCUCCCAUCUCUCUAUAUUCUGUUCCCCUGUGUGAUUAUGAAGACCUCUAUAUUCUGUUCCCCUGAGUGAUUAUGAAGACCUCUGUAUUCUGUUCCCCUGUGUGAUUAUGAAGUCCUCUAUGUUCGGUUCCCCUGUGUGAUUAUGAAGACCUCUAUGUUCUGUUCCCCUGAGUGAUUAUGAAGACCUCUAUAUUCUGUUCCCCUGAGUGAUUAUGAAGACCUCUGUAUUCUGUUCCCCUGUGUGAUUAUGAAGUCCUCUAUGUUCUGUUCCCCUGAGUGAUUAUGAAGACCUUUAUGUUCUGUUCCCCCUCUACAAGGAAGACACCAGAUUAGAUCUAGUGAUAUAUCAUUAUUAACAUCUACAAGGAAGACACUAGAUUAGAUCUAGUGAUAUAUCAUUAUUAACAUCUACAAGGAAGACACUAGAUUAGAUCUAGUGAUAUAUCAUUAUUAACAUCUACAAGGAAGACACUAGAUUAGAUCUAGUGAUAUGUCAUUAUUGACAUCUACAAGAAAGACACUGGAUUAUAUCUAGUGAUAUAUCAUUAUUAACAUCUACUAGGAAGACACCAGAUUUGAUCUAGUGAUAUAUCAUUAUAGACAUCUACAAUGAAUACACUAGAUUAGAUCUAGAUUAGGUCAACCAGGCAGUAUGACAUCGUAACGAGAGGCGCUGUCUGCUCGGAGGCCUUGUUGUCGAACCAGGCAGUAUGACAUCAUAGUGAGAGGUGCUGUCUCCUCGGAGGCCUUGUUGUCGACGAGGCAGUAUGACAUCGUAGCGAGAGGCGCUGUCUGCUCGGAGGCCUUGUUGUCGAACCAGGCAGUAUGACAUCAUAGUGAGAGGUGCUGUCUCCUCGGAGGCCUUGUUGUCGACGAGGCAGUAUGACAUCGUAGCGAGAGGCGCUGUCUGCUCGGAGGCCUUGUUGUCGAACCAGGCAGUAUGACAUCAUAGUGAGAGGUGCUGUCUCCUCGGAGGCCUUGUUGUCGACGAGGCAGUAUGACAUCGUAGCGAGAGGCGCUGUCUGCUCGGAGGCCUUGUUGUCGAACGAGGCAGUAUGACAUCGUAGCGAGAGGCGCUGUCUGCUCGGAGGCCUUGUUGUCGAACGAGGCAGUAUGACAUCGUAGCGAGGGGUGCUGUCUGCUCUGAGGCCUUGUUGUCAAACCAGGGAGUAUCUGUCUGCACUGUGAAAGGCUUUUCAAAGUCUACACGACAGGAUCAUUGCAAAGAGUCUCUUUCAUGUCAAUGAAGGCUUUCUCGUGUUUAUCCUCCUACACAACUUUUUUGGAUCCAGACUUCAGAUCAGUUAAAGGGGCAAGAAUUGCCAAACAGUUGGGGAUAAAUCUUCUGUACCACCCCACGAGUCCAUUGAAGGCCUUGACUUGUGACUGGGUCCUGCCGGUGUCUAGUAGGGCUGCAACCGGGAUACCAUUAACUGUGACUGUGGCUACUUGCAUCCUACCCAUGAUGCCCUUGACUUCCCCCUCGGGUCUAGCAGGUAUGGGUGCACAACAUAGACUAGCACCCCCUUUGGCUUUGAGUACUGGGCAUUCUGGCUUAAUGUGUCCUUCCUGUCCACAAAAGAAAGAAACAGGCCUAUUUCUCUCUGCUCUGCCUGCAAGACACUCAGAAUGUCUGGUUCUGAAAGUUCUGACAUGAUCUGCACCUCUACUGACAUUAAGACAACUUCCCCCAGCAAACCCAACAGACUUCCCCCUGGACAUGGGUGGCUUUGGUCUCUUAUAGCAGUAGUUCUUCGGGCCCCGGCUAGCAGAGAUGAAGGACUCCGCUAACUCAGCAGUGCUAGCAGAGAUGAAGGACUCCACUAGCUCAGCAGAGAUGAAGGACUCCACUAGCUCAGCAGAGAUGAAGGACUCCACUAGCUCAGCAGAGAUGAAGGACUCCACUAGCUCAGCAGAGAUGAAGGACUCCACUAGCUCAGCAGAGAUGAAGGACUCCACUAGCUCAGCAGGGCUAGCAGAGAUGAAGGACUCCACUAACUCAGCAGUGCUAGCAGAGAUGAAGGACUCCACUAGCUCAGCAGGGCUAGCAGAGAUGAAGGACUCCACUAGCUCAGCAGGGCUAGCAGAGAUGAAGGACUCCACUAGCUCAGCAGAGAUGAAGGACUCCACUAGCUCAGCAGAGAUGAAGGACUCCACUAGCUCAGCAGAGAUGAAGGACUCCACUAGCUCAGCAGAGAUGAAGGACUCCACUAGCUCAGCAGAGAUGAAGGACUCCACUAGCUCAGCAGAGAUGAAGGACUCCACUAGCUCAGCAGAGAUGAAGGACUCCACUAACUCAGCAGUGCUAGCAGAGAUGAAGGACUCCACUAGCUCAGCAGAGAUGAAGGACUCCACCAGCUCAGCAGAGAUGAAGGACUCCACUAGCUCAGCAGAGAUGAAGGACUCCACUAGCUCAGCAGGGCUAGCAGAGAUGAAGGACUCCACUAGCUCAGCAGAGAUGAAGGACUCCACUAGCUCAGCAGAGAUGAAGGACUCCACUAGCUCAGCAGAGAUGAAAGACUCCACUAGCUCAGCAGAGAUGAAGGACUCCACUAGCUCAGCAGGGCUAGCAGAGAUGAAGGACUCCACUAACUCAGCAGUGCUAGCAGAGAUGAAGGACUCCACUAGCUCAGCAGAGAUGAAGGACUCCACUAGCUCAGCAGAGAUGAAGGACUCCACUAGCUCAGCAGAGAUGAAGGACUCCACUAGCUCAGCAGAGAUGAAGGCUUCUCCACUAGCUCAGCAGGGCUAG